AUGGUAGCUGAAUUCGACACCUUCUGUGCCAUUUGCUCCUGCUCCCUGCAUGGCGGCGAUAUUGGCUCCGACGUGCCGCAUAUUCUCAAACUCCGACGCGGACGGGUAGCACGGCGCAAGUACUGGCUGGAACGCGAAUUACCAUAUGACGAAACCGAGGAUGAAGAUGAAGAGGGGCGGCAAGAAAGAAAACGAUAUAUGGUUCAGGUGCUGGAUCCAGGUGAUGAGCUCCUUAAUGACACCGACGAGGAUGAUGCAAACUCCGUUCUCAGCGAGGACUACGCUCACUCGUAUGAUCCGGGGAUCUUGGGUGCGGAUGGUUUGGACUGGUUGAGUUCCACGUAUGGGGUAGGGAUAGAUCAUCGACGAUCGGGACCGAAGAGUUACUCUGUCUCCGAUCUUGAUGAUCCUCCCGUCUUUCCCUUUCACUGGGACUGCCUCCAAUUGCUUUCCCGUGCCAUUACCGGAAGCCCAGACUCGGAUCAACUCCAAAAGGAGACCCUCUACCGGGCGAUGCAGGACAUUGGCGGUUUUACGAGGCUGGACCUAGACUACGGGGAUUUUCACGGGGACGAUCAGGAUUGGCAAAAUAUACCGGGGGAAGAGGUAACCGUUCUAACGAAUAUGGACCAGUACUCGGUCUUGUGUCCGACAAUAUCCGUUCACCUGGGGUUCCAUAUCCCUGAUAACGUUACGAUGAACCAUAGUACUCAGUCGGAUCUCAGCGCAAAGGUGAUUCAUGAUCCGUUUGGACAUCUGCCGUAUGAUGUGACCAGUUUGAUCGUGGGAUACCUGUGCGGAGAUGCGGUUCUCGCGCUCUGUCAGGCGUCGUGGUUGGUGUGUGCGACGACGCGCCAUGGUGCGUUUUGGAAACAGCGUAUUCAGCGGGACAUGGCAUGGUGUUGGGAGGUGCAGGAAUUGAAGGAUGAUCGAUCGAAGGAGGUGGAUUAUAAGCAGAUGUAUCUGUGGCUGGAGUCCAAGACGAGGACGAAGUAUGGUCUGACCGGUCCGUUUCUGCCGUUGGUGAAUCGACGACGGAUCUGGCGGUGCUGUGAGGAGAUUGCGGAUCGGUAUCGUCAGGUGCAAGCACAGAAUUAA